AUGGGCUCGUCCGACCAAAGCGAAAUGAUAGCCUCGCGCGAGGACAUGAAGCGCGCCAAGCUCGACAUCGGAUACAGAGACUUUUGCGCGCACCUUCUCAUCCCACUGAACGAGUGCAGGCGCAAAUCCUUCUACCUCCCGUGGAAGUGCGGGCACGAGCGACACGUGUACGAGAAGUGUCAAUACAAAGAGUACAUGAAGCGCGUGGCGAGCGUGAAGGCGUCGAAGGGGGACGGACACUGA